AUGUCGGACUACAAAACGUUCGAAUCGUUUCUUCGACGCUAUUUUGAUAGCGGACGCUCCUGUGUCCAAGCUCGUGAUAAUUGGAUCAAGAAAAUGAAGGAUAUAGAAGCAAGCCAGCCCGGAACAUCUAGACAAUCUGAAAACCGAAAAGUAUCGGAAUCCUCCGAAUCUUCUGGAUUCUCAGUUUGCAGUGGUUUUCCAGCUAGACGUGACUCGUAUGAAGAAUAUGAGGAACCAGUUGUUAAUAUAUUUGAUGACGAAUUUGAACAGCCUGAUCCAUAA